UUCCUCACUAUGAAGUUGUGGAUCGGACUUGUGGUUGCCGCAGCCCGAAGGACGCAUAUCCCCGGAAAGGAAAGGAUGGACGACAUCGUCGUAGCAGCUGCAGCAGCUUCGCCAUCGCCGUGGAGCCUUCUCCAGGGGCUCCUCGCCCUGCUCGUCGUGUGGGGGGCCUACCGGGCCGCCGAGAGAUACUGGCUGCGGCCGCGGCGGCUCGACCGGGCGCUCCGGGCGCAGGGGCUCAGCGGCACUGAGUACCGCUUCCCGGCGGGCGACCUCCAGGAGAACGCCCGGCUCAACGAUGAGGCGCGGUCCAGGCCCAUGCCGCAGUGCCAUGACGUUGUUCCCCGCAUCAUGCCGCAUCUCUUCGACACUGUCAAGGAGCACGGCAACGUUUGCAUCACCUGGUUUGGCCCAAUCCCCAGGGUGAUCAUCACGGAGGCAGAGUUAGUCCGAGACAUCCUAUCAAACAAGUUUGGUCACUUCGAGAAGUUCACUAACAAGCGUCUGGGGAAGUUGCUAGCGCUUGGGCUUGCGAGUCAUGACGGCGAGAAAUGGGCAAAACACAGAAGGAUCCUGAACCCUGCAUUCCAUCUCGAAAAGCUCAAGCGCAUGCUGCCGGCUUUCUCGACGUGCUGCACCGAGCUGAUAGAUCGCUGGGAGAAUAAACUCGCUGGUUCUGACGGGUCAUACGAAGUGGAUAUCUGGCCGGAGUUUCAGAACCUCACCGGAGACGUGAUCUCCCGCACGGCGUUCGGCAGCAGCUUCAUGGAAGGGCGGAGGAUCUUCCAGCUUCAGGCAGAGCAAGCAGAGCGAAUAAUCAAGGCCUUCCAGUAUAUGUACAUCCCAGGCUUCCUGUUCUUGCCGACACAGAACAACCGGAGGAUGAAGGAGAUCAACGGGGAGAUCGAAGGGAUUCUAAGAGGCAUGAUCGAGAAGAGGGAGCGCGCAAUCGAGAACGGUGAAGCCAGCGGCAACGACUUGCUCGGCCUGUUGCUGCAGUCCAACAUGGAUAGCGGGAAAGGCAGCCUGAGGAUGAGCACGGAGGACAUGAUUGAGGAGUGCAAGCUCUUCUACUUCGCGGGGAUGGAAACCACGUCGGUGCUGCUCACGUGGACUCUCGUCAUCCUUGGCAUGCACCCCGAGUGGCAAGACAGAGCGAGGGAGGAGAUCCUCAGGGUGUUCGGCAAGGACGACAAGCCCAAUUUGGACAGCCUGAGUCGACUCAAAACGGUGACGAUGAUACUAUAUGAGGUGCUCAGGUUGUACCCGCCGGCAGUCACGCUAAACCGAAGAACGUUCAAAGACAUGCAGAUUGGAGGCAUCACAUACCCUGCAGGGGUGAUCCUCGAGCUUCCAAUAAUCGUAGUUCACCACAACCCCGAUGUGUGGGGGACGGACGCUCAUGAGUUCAAGCCGGAGAGAUUCGCUGAGGGAAUCUCAAAGGCGACUAAGGACGACCAGCCGGCGUUCUUCCCAUUCGGGUGGGGGCCAAGGAUCUGCAUCGGCCAGAACUUUGCGCUGCUUGAGGCCAAGAUGGCCCUGAGCAUGAUCCUUCAGCGCUUUGAGUUCCAAUUGUCACCUUCUUACACGCAUGCACCGUACACUGUCAUUACGCUGCAUCCUCAGCAUGGUGCGCCAAUUAUAGUCAAGAAGAUCUGAUCGUCUCGAACUUCGGUCUUCGUCGAUGAGUAUGUCACAGUACAAAAACUUGUAUGAGUAUUAGGGGAGUUUUGUGUAUCUAAACAUUGAGGUGGAAAUAAAUGGUAGGAGAUAUAUGCUUUGCUGUUAACCUCUUGGUCGAGAUAUAGUCCAAACCAAAGAAUUACCGCAUUCUUUUGCUAGCAGUGUAAACCAAAUAUGUUCACGAGAUAAACAAUUGUAAAUUGCAUUCAUGUAGUUUUGGUUUCAAA